GCUUUCGCUUCGUUAACUUAUGCAGAAACCGAGCGAUUGUAAUGUACUAAUUAACGAUGAAUUCGGAACGCAUCCCUCGUAAUAAAUACGGUUGAGAUCUGGCUUUAAUAAAAAAAAAUUGUAAAUAAUAGUAAAUAUUAAUAAAUAUUAUAAAUAAUAAUAAAUAAUAAAAAUACUGAUGAUGAAGAGUCGAAACCUUAAGUAGGAAAUAUUUAAAAAAAAAUAAUAAUAAUAAAAAUACUGAUGAUGGAGAAGAGUCAAAACCUUAAGUCUGACAUAAGUUUGGCAUAAUUUCUGAUGGGUACCAGUGAUUGCUAAAAGAAGAGAUGAACACAUCUGGCACUGUCGGCAGUAAUGAUCACUUAUCUGUUUAUCGCCGGUGUUUGUUUUUUUGCUAAAUGAGCUCAUGAGUCAUCAAGAGCAGACGUUUUAUCUGGUGGAUAGAUAAAUACUUUAUUCCGCCCCGUGAGGGAAAUUAGAUUCUCACAGCAGUAAUAUCCAGAAUUAAAAAAAAAAAAGGACAAUCAACAAGUAGAGUCACGUUGAAGGGACUCAUGAAAAAGUAACAUCUCAUUUAAGAAGGCAGAAAUGAAGACAGAUUUGAACUCAUUCACUACCGUUGACGAGAAUAGACGUCAUACUUUUAAAUCAAGUUUAUUUGAUAGCAAUAGCAAGGAGAUUCCAUCGUAAAUACACACGACGUUGUAACGUAGUAAGCGAACAAGCCUUCCGGCGUGAUUUGGCAAGGAGCACCUGCUGUAGUCAAAUUUGUUCCGGCUGUCAAAGGAGGUUUUAAUAUUGACACUGCUGUGGAGUGGAUUUCCCUUUGGCACAACUCCGCCACUGGACUUAGCGGGGAUGCAAGCACAUUAUGCACUCGCUCGCAUUCUAUCAUGGGGGGGGAAAACAUUCCGGAUUAGAAUAAUCUUGUGGCUUUGCAUACUGCUGUUUGACCAAAAAACGACAAAAGACUUUGCUGAUGCCACUACGAAUGAAUGUCCAAGUCCUAUUUUAAUUAUUGGCGUUGUGUUUAUUGUCGGCAUGCCGUCGCGGGAGCUGCUCGCGGCCACGCUGGAUCACGUUUGGGGAUUCUGCGCCUCCGGCUAUAAAUACAACUGUCUUAUUUUUGGACGUGGCGCUGAAGGGAAAACAUGCACAGCCGUCAUUAGAGGCAUCCCAAACAGCCAAGCUCAAUUGAAGAACUUAAUAUGGUGUCAUUAAUAUUUCAUCUUGUCAUUUGUAAUUAACUAGGUGAUAAUAGAGAAAAGGUGAACAUAAAACUGUCAACUUGUCUUGAUGAGUAACAUUAAUCCUAUUUUCCUUAAUUAAUUAAUUAAUUAAUUAAAGAAAUACAUGACAAAAAAUUUCAGCACCAGUAGCAACAAGUCUGUAGGUGAGGGCUGAUCAAUUGGUGUAUGAUGAUUGUGAAAAUUUAAACCUCCACCCUCCACCUCUCUUUCCGUUUGUUGGCUGGCCGACCGGGACACACCCCUGCGAGUGUGUCGCCAUUGACAGUCCUCGCGUAAAAUAGGUACUCACUCGCUCCCCCUUGACUGGAUGUGGGAUUAAACUGUACAUUGCACAUUGUCAUCUGUCUCUGCAUGAUGGCCGUCCACCCGAGCGGCGUUUACAAAAGCAGCUCUGUGAUUGGCUCUCAGGCGGAGCACACGGGCAUGCGGACGUACUUCUUCAGCGCCGACACGCAAGAGGACAUGAACGCCUGGCUGAGGGCCAUGAACCAAGCCGCCAAUAUGAGAGGCCCCGUCAAUACAGGCGGCAGAGCAUCUGAGCAGUCGACUCACUUCCAGAUGAUGCACCAUCAGACCGUCACGCACACCAACAACCACGUCAACAACCACAAGGCUCCAGAACCCCAGAGACACACCGUCCACGAGGUCCUUCUGGAGCCCGUACAUCACAACAUGGACAACCGCUACCGCUUCCACAAAGACUCUCCCGUCACCACGGAGAUGGACACCCAUGCCUCCCUCCCCGCCAACCUCACGGCCACCGGUUUCCUGGCGUCGGACCACGUGUCCACGUCGGCGCCCGUCUCCAGGGUGCCGUCUCGUGCGCCCUCGCGGUCCGCCUCCACGCUGCCCCCGGGCGUCAGCGCCAGGAACGGUCUGGUGGAGGUGCACAGCCCCAUCUUGGAGCCUAACGGGAUCGCGGCGGGGACGUACCAGAGGGCGCCGGAAGCCCCCCGGGAAAUGAGACGGAAUACUCUGGAACAAGUAGAGCAGUGGGUCAAGGUGCAGAAAGGUCCUCCAUCCCGAGACAACACCCUCCCCCGCCGAACGCCGCCCACCCAGCCCAAGUCCGGCACCCUGGAAGCAUACCAGACCCUGCCAAAGACCCCCCGCAAUAGCCCCCCAACGGCACGUCCCAGCGAGUACAAAUACGCCCAGGACCGCAUGAACCACUUCCGCCUCACCCCCGAUCUGGCCGGCCCGGGUUCCAACACCAUCCUGCAGCUGUACGAGUGGCAGCAGCGCCAGCAGUACCGCCACGGCAGCCCCACGGCCCCCAUCUACACGCCGGCCCCGGACUAUCCCUUCGGGGCCCGCCCGCCGUCCGCCAUUCCUCCAGCCGCCAAGCACAACGGGCCGCCGCGAUGCGUGUCCGUACCGCCUUCGCCCGCCGACAUCCCGCCUCCGGGGCCUCCGCCGGGUAGCAGCAGGACCUUGUCGCCCGCCCGCCCCCCGCACACGCCGAUCGACCGCGUGACAGUGAGACCCUCGACCGACGCGUCGGCAAUGGAUACAAUGUCUGCCAUUUCACCUCGCAGGACCAAGUCUCAAGUCUUCAAGGUGUCCACCAUGGAGAGGCGCUCUUUGCCUCCAUCCAACUAUAUCACACACACGGUCAGUGCGCCCAGCCUCCACGGAAAAACGCCCGAUGAGCUCACCCUGCUCCUCAUUCAGCUGCGCCGCCAUCAGGCCAAGAUGGCGGCCGCCCGCCAGCGCACGCUGGAGCAGCUGCAGCACCACGGCCUGUCGACCGCCGACCCCUUCCUCACCGCCGUCCCCAGUCCUCCGUUAAACCACCUCAGUCUGUUGAGCCAAAUGCAGGUGGAUGACACGUACAAGCAGCUGAAGCAAGACCUGGAUAAUCUGGACCUGAAGGUGGCCGGAAGUCAAACGCUGAAGCCCGUCAAGGUGGCAGAGAGUGACGUGGAUGUAAAGCUGAGUCGGUUGUGCGAGCAAGACAGGAUCCUGAAGGACUUGGAAGUGCGGAUCAGCUCGUUGAAGAAGGAUAAGGACAAGCUGGAGAGCGUGCUGGACGUGUCCCACCAGCAGAUGGAGCUGUUUCACGGGCAGCCGGCCCACGCCCAAAAGAUCUACUACCAGCAGAGACUCCUGCAGGAGGACUUGGUGUCCAUAAGGGCCCAGAUAUCCCAACUCUCUACGGAAAUGACACGCGCCUGGGAGGACUACGGCUCGCUGGAGAAUUCAGUGGAGCAGUUGAGGACGGCGCUACAGGCCCGCAUGAACCACAGCGCCACCCCUCAGCAAGAAAAAGGCGAGAUGAAGCGCGAGCUGUGGAGGAUCGAGGACGUGAUGGCGGGACUGAGCGGCAGCAAAGCCAACUACAAAGUUACCAUCGACUCUGUGCACAACCCGGAGAGGAAGUUAGUGCCUUCCGUGUCGGAGCCCAGCGUGCCUUCUUCCACCGCCGACGUCCAGCCGCCUCCCCGUAGCUCCGUCCCGAGCGUCUUCUCGCAAACGUUGCCUCACAACUUUGUGCCAAAGUGGGCAGAGGACGGCGCUCCCCCCCGACCGCCGCUCCCUCGCCAGUACGACUACGAGGAGACGCCGCCCGCCGUGCCGCCGCUGCCCAAGGAGGCGUCGGCAGCCAUCCGUCACACGUCGGUGCGAGGCCUCAAGCGACAGUCUGACGAGAGGAAGAGGGACCGGGAGGGCGCACCCUAUUUCCUCAAUGGAGACUGUAAGACUGACUUGCGUUCAUACCUGAGCGAACCCGAGCUGCUGGCAAUUACUCACCCAAACACAAAUGCAGACAACCACCACCUUGACCAUAAAGGUAUUACGUCACACUCGGCUUGUGUUAUUAGCAGCUUUGUCAUGUCCUCUUUAUUUGUGUUAGCAGGUCUGUCGGGCACGUCAAGGCAGAUGGCCAGCAAGUCGGAUGCCCUGGCGUCCUUCGUCACGUUGAGGAGACGCCCCGGUACCGCCGUGGACAGCGAGCGACCCAAGAGUGCCUUGGACUGUCUGUCCUCGGAGUACGCGGGCGGCACGCUUCCUCCCCAACGCGGCGGCCGUAUGAGCGCCGAUGAGCAGCUGGAGCGCAUGAAGCGCCACCAGAGGGCGCUGGUGCGCGAGCGCAAGCGCAACCUCAGCCAGGGCGAGCGCUCGAGUGCCCCGCCGCCCGCCUCCGAGUUCGAUUGUCGGGAGGAGCGUCCCGGGGCAGAAGGCCAAAGUGAUGAAGGUCACAAGGAGGGAGGAGGUGAAUGGCUGAUAGCCAAAGCCAGGCUGGUCAGAGAAGCGGAUGUGGAGCCUCUGGACUACGACCUCGACAUCAGCAGAGAGCUGUCCAAGCCAAAGAAAGUGUCCAUCCCAGAGCGUUAUGUGGAGUCGGAUCCAGAGGAACCGCUGAGUCCGGAGGAGGAGGAAGAGCGAAGUCUUCGUACGGAACGUAUCAGGAAGAUCCUCACAAAGUCCAACGUUCAGAAUUUGCAGUCAGCGUCGUUGGACCUGAGUGAACUGGACUUGGUUCUUCAAGAGCAGGAGAAGAUAAUGAAGGCAUCGCAGGCGCUCGCUUCACAGGCGUCCAGGAAGAGCAAACUGGUGGCAGCCAAAGCUGCUGCCUCUGGUCGCGAGUGACAACCUCCACUGCCCUCAAAAGGAGACCCAAUGUCGGAACACAGGGAGACGUUUUAAAUUAAAAACGCAACACAAACAUUUUACAUCACAGUUUUAUUUUUAUGAAAUAGUUUGUAGCGUCAUCUAGUGGUCACACAAUGUAUGUAUUUGCUACUAACAAGGACGAUUGAUUGUUCACUUUACAAACUAAAUGAACAAUUAAGACGAA